ACACGAACGGCAACAACAACAAGCCGUUCGCAGCCGUUCGUUGCGCCCGGGUCGGUCCAGGGAAUAUACACAUAAAAAGUCUAAAACCCUAUAAUGAAGAAGAAGAAGCAGGAGAGAACUUUUUAGGGCUUGUAGAAUUGGCCUGAAAUCAUGUAACAAGAAAGAAGAAGAAGAAGAAACAUAAAAGAGCUUGAGGAAGAAAACUGGUGCUGCAAUUUCCCCUUCAGUUCAAACCUGAUUCAUAACAAGGAUGGCUGAUGGUGAAGUUGUUGAAGAUUUUUAUGGAGUUUACUUGUUGUACUGCAUAAAUCCACAGUACAAAGGACGCACAUAUAUUGGCUUUACUGUUGACCCCAAUCGCCGUAUCAAGCAGCACAACCGAGGUGUUAGGGCAGGAGGUGCAUAUAAAACCAGUAACAGGGGGCCAUGGGAAAUGGUUCUUAUUGUCCAUGGAUUUCCAAAUGACAUAUCUGCCCUCAGAUUUGAAUGGGCCUGGCAGCAUCCAGAAAGAAGUCGUCGGUUGAGAGGUAUGGGCCGUAAAAAGGCAAAAGAAACAAAAUAUGAAUAUUGUCUACGGAUUCUGGCAACUAUGUUACAAACUAAACCUUGGUCUCGCCUGCCUCUUACACUUAGAUGGCUCAAACAACAGUACUUCAAAGAAUUUCCUGCAGGGAUGGAGGCCCCCAAUCACAUGCCAAUUGCUUAUGGUCCAGUAAAACCUGCAAAGGUUAGAAAGAAUGAAGAGGAACAAGAAAUUGAAGUUUUGGAGGUGACAUGCUUGCUGUGUGAUGAUGCAGUGACGCAAACAGAAAAAAUGAGAUGUCUAUCUACCUCGUGUCAGUUAAAUGCUCAUGUCAGAUGCCUUGCACAACAUAUGCUACAUGGAGAACCACCAGGGACUCUGCUUCCUCUAGAAGGCCCAUGUCCAAGCUGUGGGUCUGUAUUGUUAUGGGGUGACCUUGUAAGACUGAAACGUGGAUGCUAUCAGCAGGAAGAGGAGGAAGUGGAAGAUCAUUGGGUUGAGACUUUAAGUCAGGCUGUAUAAAUGAAAUCACAGUGUUGUUUAUAUGAGCAGUGUAUCUUAGCUAUUCCCACGGUAUGCUGUUUGGAUAUUAAUGGUACUGUGUCAAGUAUAGAGAGCCACCAGGUGAAGAAGUUUCAUAUUGCUUGGAUGCAGGAAUUGGAUUAUUUUUCAAUGAGCAAUACUCAUAGAUUUUACACAUAAUUUUAAAAAUCAUAGUAUUUGGUAUAUUUAUAAUUCUUUUAUCUGGAUAUAAUUUUCUGACUUUCUGUAAAUGUGUUUUAAUCCAUAUAUUUUUAUGUGAUAUUAUAUAUUUCAGUAGAAAAUUCA